CCUGAAAUGUAACAGCAUCAGCAACACGUCAGUAAAUUACAUAGAUGGUUUCUACAAGACACGUACCGCAAAAUGCAUCUAUACGCUGCACGAGAUCUUUAAAUGAGUACAAAUCCAAUCAGGCAGUGUCGGGGCAGCUUCUGGCCAAGACUUCCUCACGUUAGCAAAAAGUGUACGAUCGCACCGUUAGCAUUAGUACUGAACGGACUUUUUGUUUUAAAAAGAUACCAGCAUGGCGGCGUCGUCAGCAGUCACAACGUUGUGCGAGAAUCCGAACGAAAUCUUUCUGGACGUUGCAAAGUUGUUACUUACAUACGCGGACAAUAUUUUAAGGCAUCCCAAUGAGGAAAAGUACAGGUCGAUCCGCAUAGGCAAUCCCACAUUCUCUACCAAGAUUCUGCCCAUCAAAGGAGCUGUGGAAUGUCUGUUUGAGAUGGGAUUUGAGGAGGCAGAGACCCAUUUGGUUUUUCCCAAGUCUGCAUCAGUGGAACAGUUGAAACUCAUCAGAGAAUCCAUAGCAACAGAGAGGGAUCACAGGCUGAAUGCAGAACAACUAGUCCAACCCACUGUUCAUGCUGCAGCAUCAACGUCUGCACCAGAAAGUCCUGCUGUUACUGCCAUCCAACCAGUUUCACCACAGCUCCCAUUCCUAGAGAACAGUAUGAGUUUCUUUUUGACUCUCCAGUCAAACUUCCAACAUGUAAUGGUUUAUGAAAACCCUGAGCUCCAGGAAAAAGCUAGGAGCCACGUACCUCAUCAGCAACUGUCUUCUGCUGCUCAGGACAAGCUGCAGGAGGCAAAAGAGGCAGAGCCAGACUGUAAACUUGGAAUAGAAGACUGCCUGGCCAUUCAGUUGCUCAGGUGGUUCAAACAGGACUUCUUUUUGUGGGUGAACUGUCUGCCCUGCAGCCGCUGUGGUGGCCCAACAGUUAAUAAUGGGUCCCUUAGUCCCAGCACUGAUGACCUCCGCUGGGGAGCUCAGCGAGUUGAAAACCACUACUGUCAGACCUGCAAGCUUUCGACCAGAUUCCCAAGGUACAACAAUCCUGAGAAGCUGCUGGAAACCAGAAGGGGGCGCUGUGGCGAAUGGGCAAACUGUUUCACUUUGUGCUGCAGAGCUUUAGGCCUUGAAGCCAGGUACAUCUGGGACAGCACAGAUCACGUGUGGACAGAGAUUUACUCUGUCAGCCAGCGUCGCUGGGUGCACUGUGAUCCAUGUGAGAACAGCUUUGAUAAUCCCUUGGUGUACGAGGUCGGUUGGGGCAAGAAACUGGCCUAUAUUCUGGCUUUUUCUCAAGACCAGCAGGUGGUGGAUGUGACAUGGAGGUAUUCCUGUAAUCACCCAGAGGUUUUGUUGAGAAGGACCAGAGUUCAAGAGGCUUGGCUGCUUCACACUAUUCAUGGACUCAAUACUUCAAGGCAGCAAACCCUGAGUCCAGAGAGGAGGAAGGACUUGACAGAGAGACUGCUUGUUGAGUUGGUAGAGUUUAUCUCCCCCAAGAAGCCAAAACCAGGAGAGUUUGGGGGACGUAGCUCUGGCUCAUUGUCCUGGAGGAUAGCAAGGGGAGAGACUAAAGCACAUGAGCCAGGGACACAGACUGUAGGUUAUGUAUUUACGCCAACUGCGAAGGAGAAGAGCGACAGAUUGCUUCAUCUGCGCUACAGUUCAAUCAAAGACCAGUACUGUCGUCUGUCCAAUAACUCUGAGGUCAUUGACAACUGGGAUCAAUGUGUGUGGAGGAAUGAGUCCGUCUUCAGAAAGGUGGAACAUGACUGGCAGAUGGUAUACAUAUCUCGAACAGAAGGAUCCUCAAAGGGAACAAUAAGCUGGAAGUUUGAUUUUGCUUCCGUGGGGAUGAAGAUAAAGGCUGUCUCAGUCAUGGCCUGUAGUCAGAUCUUCCAUACAGGGAAGGUCUCCUGGCACUUGCAGUCAGGCCAGAUUAAUACUGAAUUUACUGGAGAUGGGGAGAUGCAUUUGUUGUCCAGUCUGUCGGGCUCCUCGAAUUUAAUUGUCGUGGCAGAACUCAGUGGAGGAGAAGGGGAGACAUCGUGGCAGCACUCUCAACUGUUCAGACAGAGCUUGAAGGAGGCACAGGACACAUCAUUUGAAAUCCUCAUCUACCUAGAAGAUGCUUAAUAAAGAUGGGCCUCUAAUAUUUUUCUACUCAAAAUUAUAGCCUGGAAAACAUUUAAGUAUGUAACAGGAGACCAUUAAGCCAGUUGUUUCAUACAAAUGACAAGAUUUCAUUCAGAUACAAAAAGUAAAUUAGCACGUUUUAAAGUUGGAUUUGAUUCCUGGAUAUGCCAUUUAUCAAGCAAUUGAUUGUCUAAGUUCUUAUGCUUUGAGACAUAUACCAUUUAACAUACCAGGGUUAUAGGCAAUAAACUAAUAUUGAACUGUA